CCUUUAACGAAGUAAUUAAUUUAAUGGGAGCAGCUAAUUGUAGUCCAAUGGAUCAGGGUAAAAACAUGAAUGCAUAUCCUAGUGAAUGUCCUAUGCACCAGGAGCAGAAACAGUCUUACCCUAGUGAAUGUCCUAUGCACCAGGAGGAGACAAAGUCUUACCCUAGCGAAUGUCCAAUGCACAAAGAAUCACAAAAUGAUAUUGAUCCAUUGAAUAUGAUGCCACCACCAAACCAGAGACCAUCACCAGAUCAGCCAUUUCCUUUAGCCACAAACAGAAUAAUAUCAAAUAUACCAAAAGCGGGAACAGAUGAGAAUUGGGUUUAUCCUUCACAGCAAAUGUUUUGGAAUGCCAUGCUAAGGAAAGGUUGGAGAUGGAAGGAAGAAGAUGUAGCAGCAGAAGACAUGAAUCACAUUAUACAAAUACACAACGCCAACAAUGAACAGGCGUGGCUGGAAGUGUUGAAAUGGGAGGCAUUACAUGCAAGUCAAUGUUCUGAACCAAAAUUAAAAAAGUUUGGUGGAAAAGCAACAGAGUAUUCACCUAGAGCUAGAAUCAGGAACUGGCUAGGAUAUGAUCUGCCCUUUGAUCGCCAUGAUUGGAUAGUAGAUAGAUGUGGUAAAGAUGUGAGAUAUAUAAUUGAUUAUUACGAUGGUGGAAAAGUACAAGAAAACUAUCAGUUUACAUUACUGGAUGUUCGCCCUGCCUUGGAUUCAUUUGGAGCGUUCUAUGACAGAAUGAAAGUAGCAGGUAUUCGCUGGAGAAUGGAUAUUAAAUACAAACUUUUUGGGGGUGAUUCAGAUACCAGUAUUGAUCAGGAAGCUACCAGUCAAACAAAGGAAUCGACGUAAUGAUAUUAUAAACUGUGAUAUUUAUGUUUCAGUGUGGUUGUUCAUAUUGUAAAUAAAUUGUACAUAAUAUUGUAUCUUA